CGCAGUGCAGCGAGGGGAGGGAGGUAAACAAGAUGGCGGCAGCCUUGAAGCAGCAGCAGCUGUGAAGAACAGAUGCGUGAAAAUAAACGAACGAGGAGCAGAACGAGGGCAGAAACGCGAGGGUCCGUUCGUCGUCGAGCCGUGCCGACGGUUGCUGCUCCGGUCGGUAUUUUGGAUCUGGUUCAUGGGUUUCCCAUAAUGCUGCAGUGAACCAGUAAUCCUCACCAAAGAGAGCGUUCUGGUGCUUCUGGGAAGGAUGCGAGGUUUUCGUGUUUCUGCAGAGAUGUCCAGAGCUCCAGUGAUUCCCAGCGUCGGCUAAUCAAGCCUCGGACUAACACUAACACCAGCAGAGGAUUAGCAGACACUCGUUUCUUUUAGGUCAUUUAUUAUUAUAGGGUUUUUUUUGGUUCCGUUGGUUUCACUGAGCGAUGCUUCAGCUGCGGUUCAACAGGCGUUCAUCAGUAGUGAUGAUGUUCUUCUGACUGAUCCUCCCAAUCUGAACAUCGCUUGGGAUCACCGAUAUUCCCGUCGAGCGAGCGGGAGCCAGACCGGGAUCGGCGGAGGACAGCGAGAGACCCGGGAAGAUGAGCGUAGGUGGAGAGCUCCAGCAUCUGGACUACCUGACGGAGAACGAGCUGAUGGGGAUGGACACCUUCAUCCACCGCAUCGACUCCACCGAGGUCAUCUACCAGCCGCGACGCAAGCGCGCCAAACUGAUCGGGAAGUACCUGAUGGGCGAUCUGCUCGGGGAAGGGUCGUACGGCAAGGUCAAGGAGAUGCUGGACUCGGAGACUCUGUGUCGCAGAGCCGUGAAGAUCCUGAAGAAGAAGAAGCUGAGGAGGAUUCCCAACGGAGAGGCCAAUGUGAAAAAAGAGAUUCAGCUUCUGAGACGACUACAGCACAAAAACGUCAUCCAGCUGGUAGAUGUGCUGUACAACGAAGAGAAGCAGAAAAUGUAUAUGGUGAUGGAGUAUUGUGUCUGUGGGAUGCAGGAAAUGUUGGACAGCGUUCCAGAGAAGAGAUUUCCAGUAUUUCAGGCUCACGGGUACUUUUGCCAGCUUCUGGAUGGUCUUGAAUACUUGCACAGCCAGGGAAUUGUACACAAAGAUAUUAAACCAGGGAAUUUGCUGCUCACUACAGACGGGGCGUUGAAGAUCUCUGACCUGGGCGUAGCGGAGGCACUCCACCCGUUCGCGGAGGACGACACGUGUCGGACGAGUCAGGGGUCGCCAGCGUUCCAGCCCCCGGAGAUCGCCAACGGCCUGGACACGUUUUCAGGGUUCAAGGUGGACAUCUGGUCUGCUGGGGUCACUCUAUACAACAUAACCACGAGCCUGUACCCGUUCGAGGGGGACAACAUCUAUAAGCUAUUCGAGAACAUUGGGAAGGGUGACUAUACUGUGCCAGAGGAGUGCGGCCCGCUGCUCUCGGACCUGCUGAGAGGGAUGCUGGAAUAUGAUCCUGUGAAGAGGUUUUCGAUACAGCGCAUCAGACAGCACAACUGGGUGCGUAAGAAACACCCGCCCUCGGAGCUGCCGGUGCCCAUCCCGCCCAGCGCAGAGACACGUGACCGGUGGCGGAGCAUGACGGUGGUGCCGUACCUGGAGGAUCUUCACGGUUACGCCGAGGAGGAGGAGGAUGACGAGCUGUUUGAUGGCGAGGAUGACAUCAUAUACACUCAGGACUUCACCGUACCAGGGCAGGUCCCGGAGGAUGAGGAGGACGAGGAAGAAGAGCGCACUUGUGCCGUGGCCAAACCGGUGUGUGUGAACGGGACGGAGUCGGCCGCGCUGAAGCCCAAAUCUGAGCGUCGCUCCAGCUCUUCCUCCAAUCCCUCCCGGAAGGGCAUCUCCGCCGCCAGCAAGAUCCGCAAACUUUCCACCUGCAAGCAGCAAUGACCCGCUGCUCACCUGAGCUCCUCUGUACAGGUUCCUGUUGUUUCCCAGCAGUCAGUUAUAAACACACACUUCUGCAGUGAUGAUGAACUCAAACACUUUAUCUGGAGCGGACUGACUUUACUCGAGAGGGCUGUUCAAGAGCGGAGACGUUUCCCACAAUCCUUCGGGGCUGAGGAUCAUCAUUCGGUUUCUCUGGCGCAUCCGUUUUAAACCUUAGUCUUUUAAUUUACUCUCAUUACCUGCAGUUCAAGAAGCAGAUGGUUUGAUGAGUUAUUGUAGAGAAAUAUGCUGCAGAUGAUGAUGAUGAUGAUGAUGUUAAAACUAAACUGCAUGCUGUGAGGCGGACGGAGAGCUGCUUGCCGCAGGAUGUUUGGGUUCAUUUUCCCCAUUUGGUUUGUUUUUCCCGUUAAAUAUUUUUUAAGUAUUAUUUAUAUAAAACACAUCCCAACUGAA